GUGUGUUGUCGGCCGUAAUUCCGAUUCGCUUGUGAUCAGUGCGCGUAUAUCAUGGCCUUACUCAGAAGAUUGGUAAUAAUCACGCCGCGCUACGUGCGUCCUUAUGCCUCCGCACCACCUGCGCGCGACGAGCUGGACGUCUCCUUCAAUAACCCAAUAGAUGCCUUUAAGAGCAAAAAGACCAGUGAAUUGAUCCGGGCCUACCUGGUCUACCAGAUAUGCUCAGUGAAUUUUCUCGUCGAGAACAACGACAUGUUGAUGAAAAGGUCGCGGCAAUUAGUUGGGAAAACCUUGUUCGAGCUGAUCAUGAAGGCCACCUUCUACGGCCAGUUCGUCGCCGGAGAAGACCCUGUCAGAAUCCGACCGACUGUCGACAGACUGUAUUCAUUCGGCGUAAAGUCGAUCCUGGAUUACUCCGUGGAGGAAGACAUCUCCGAGUCCGAGGCCCAAAAACGAGAAGUGAGUGCUACGACCUCAUCGGUGAAGACACCAAACGACGGCCAGAAAGAGGGAGAUUUGAAGCAGUUCAAUGUAGAACAGAGGUUCGCGGACAGACGGUACAAGGUCACGAGUGCUAGGACAUACUUCUACACAAAUGAAGCGGCUUGCGAGAAGAACAUGGGACAUUUUCUAAAGAGCAUUGAGGCUGUACACGAUGCCACAAAGAGCACUGGGUUAAUGGCUAUAAAGCUCACCGCUCUCGGAAGGCCGCAGUUACUUAUGCAGUUAUCGGAAGUGAUUAUGCGUGCUCGUAACUACAUGCAGCAGAUGAGUGGCGGUAAGGGGAACGUCAUGACGCAGAAAAAGACCAUCGACGACUUCAACCGUUACUUCGGAGAUAACAAAAACAAACCAGAAGUACAAGAGUUUUUGAAAAAAAUCACUACCGAUAGUAAGGGUAUCGUCCACUUGUUCCCGUGGUCAAAUAUCUUGGACAAGGACAUGAAUCUAUCCGAUACGUUCCGCGUGCCGGACCCUAAGACUGGCCAGAUGCGAAGACUCAUCAGUCAGAUUUCCAAGGAAGAAGAGACCAUGUUCAGAAACAUGUUGGCUAGGCUUAACCAUAUCAUCCAGAUUGCCAACGAAGUGGACGUGAGGAUUAUGAUCGACGCUGAGCAAGUGUAUUUCCAACCUGCAAUCUCCCGAAUCACGAUGGAGAUGAUGCGUACGUACAACAAGGACAAAUUCCUAGUGUUUAACACGUAUCAGACGUACUUGAAGCACACGUACAACGAGUUGGUGGCGGACCUGGAGCAGGCGCAACGGCAGAACUUCUAUUGGGCCGCCAAAUGCGUGCGUGGCGCUUACAUGGAACAGGAGCGCGCGCGAGCGGCCGCGAUGGGCUAUGAGGAUCCCACAUGUCCCAAUUAUGAAGCCACCACCGCCUCCUACCACAAGUGCAUCAAGGAGAUCCUUUCCAGAUACAAGGGUGACAUGAAAGGGCGCGUCGGAAUCAUGAUCGCGUCCCACAACGAGGACACGGUCCGGUAUGCCAUCAAUCUGAUGAAGGAGAACGGCAUUAAGCCCGAGGAUAAGGUCGUCUGCUUCGGGCAGCUCUUGGGCAUGUGCGACCAUGUAACCUUCCCGCUAGGUCAAGCAGGCUACUCAGCGUACAAAUACGUCCCAUAUGGUCCAGUAACGGAAGUCCUCCCGUACCUUUCCCGCCGAGCCAAUGAGAACAGAGGCUUUCUCUCCAAGAUCAAGAAAGAAAAAAACCUGCUUCUCAAAGAAAUAUUCCGCAGGGUGUCCUCCGGACAGAUGUUUUACAAACCCGUGGGAAAUUACCGACCAGUCUAGAUUCAUUAUUCAAAUGCUGGUGUAUUGGAGAGUUGAUUUGUGUUCGUGUGCGUGUGGAACGACAAAAACAAAUUUUGAGCACGGUAGGUACAAUUUUUUUAACUGGCGAAUUUAUAAAUUUCAAAUGCUAUUAAGUUCGACUUGGACAUGACAAUACAAUCUCAGUACAGAGUACUAAACAAACCGACCUCAAAAGCACGAGGAAUUACAUAUAAUUACCAAGUUUUAUAGAAAUCGGUUGCCGGAAAGCACGCAAACCCGUAUUCAUCCCUUAGUU